AUGGGCCGUUGUGGGCCCACCAUAACAAUCGGAAUCGUUCAUUUUGUGGAGCUCGUCGAGUUUAGUUGUAUCUUCGGCGUUGAGGGGAUGUUUGUGUUUCUAUUGACUUUGAUGGCGACAACCACGAAGAAAACCCUCCUCCUCUUCACAUCUUCCCUGCUAUUUCUCUCUCCUCCGCCUCCGCCCAACUUCCUCCGGUUCGCUCCGGACUCCGGAGACCACCUUCUACGGCCUCCCCUUGAGACGAUACUGCUCGAUGGAAAGGAUCACGGAUCACUAGCUUGUGCAGGUAAGGUGAGAGGCCAAAUCCCGAAGGUGGCCAAACAGGACAAGACGAAGAAGCCAAGUGGCAGGGCUCACAAGCGCAUGCAGUACGACCGCUGCUUCGUUACCGCCAAGAGGUUAGGAAGUGCUGGAAGCCAUCCGCAUCUUGUGGAGAAGUAGAAUCGUCUCUCCGACCAUAUUAGCAAACAUAAUUAUAGACUCAACACAUGAAAGCAAGAGAGCACCAGCAACAACUAUAAAUGCAGCAGCAGUUGCAUCUCAUGCAACAGUGUAAUGUCAAGUUGCAGCGAAUGGACCCUGACCAUCCUGCCCAUGGUGGCCCUAUCAAUGGUAUGAACUGAAGGAAUGAUAGGGCAGCCAUCAGCCAUCUCUACUUGCUAUAAGAAUGUACGAAGAAAGAAUUGAACACCCUCAACCGAUGGAUUCAAGGAAUUCUUCAGGUCUUAUGAGUGCCAAUGGGAUGGCCGUACUUAAGUCAGCAACGAAUAAUCAAGGGUGAGGUGUUUGAACAUUUUUG